AUGACACUACUUGAAGUGUUUAAUUCAUCCGAAAAGCUCGAUGAAGCUUCUCUUAUUGUGCUCGGGGGUAUUAUCGCCAUUCUAGGUGUUACUCUCUCAACUUUCGUUCAAUGGUAUCGUCUCAGCCACAUCCCCGGCCCGACAUUGGCUUCUCUUACCAGUCUAUGGAACUAUAUUGUCUAUAAACGCAAGCGUGUACAUGAAGUAAUCGUAAGUGUCCAAGAAGAGUAUGGAAAGAUCGUUCGCAUAGGCCCAAACGACGUAUUGAUUUCUGACCCGGAAACAAUCUGGCGUAUCAAUUCUGCACGCUCGGUUUAUGGCCGGGGUGAAUGGUAUGGCAGCACUAGGAUAAACCCAUACGCCCACAGUCUGUUCAGCGAAAUGGACACGGCAAAGCACGAUAAGCGCAAAGCGCAGCUCUCGUUUGGGUUCUCAGGAAAGGGGCUCACGGACCUUGAGGGUAAAGUGAACAUGCAGCUGUUCGUGCUGAUAGACGUCCUGAAGGAAAAGGUCCGUCAGGGCGGAGGACAGUUUGUCGUUGAUCUAAGUCGUCUCCUUCAAUACUUCCAGGUCGACUUGAUCACACACGCAGCUAUAGGAGAAGCAUGGGGCGACCUAACGUCCGAGAAAGAUCGCUUCAAUUACUUGGACACAGGUGACAGGCUGUUUCCAUCCAUACAUGCUGCGGCGACGGUUCCUUUCUUGCGUUCACUGUUCUUCUCUCCACUCUUCCUCCGAUUCUUUGGUCCAAGCACCACGAAGGGAUGGCUCGGGUAUUAUCAUGAUGCCGUCGUGAAAAAGGUUGCAAGUCCCCAAGUAGAGGAAGAUGGAGAUAACACACUAUCUGUAUGGCUCAAACAUGGCGUUACACCAGCUGAGGCAGAGGUGGAUCUUGCUUUACUCAUGCCUGCCGGUACAGAGACGUCAAUUUCCACGAUUCGUGGUGUUUUCAUGUAUUUGAUAACAUGCCCUCGCAUAUACAGCAAACUCAAGGAAGAAAUCGCAAAGGGCAUUGAAGAAGGGCGCAUAUCAAGCCCGAUCAGCAGUGAGGAAGCUAGAAAUCUUCCAUAUCUACAGGCCGUUGUCAACGAAGGCAUGCGCAUGGCUCCUCCCCUCACUACCGGCUUUGCAAAGAAGGUGCCUGUUGGGGGCGACAUUGUCUGUGGAAAGGAGCUUCCAGCGGACACGGAAAUUUAUAUCAAUUUCAUUUCUAUGAUGAAGAAUCAAGAGAUUUUUGGUCAGGACGUAGGCGUCUUUCGGCCGGAAAGGUUCAUUGACUGUGAUGAAGCCACCAAGGCUAAACGUCUGAAGUUGGUUGACCUCAAUUUCGGUUAUGGGCGUUGGCUGUGUCUUGGUAAAUCGCUGGCAUGGAUGGAGAUGAACAAAAUCUUCGUCGAGCUGUUGAGAUUGUUUGAUUUCCAAGUUCUUAAUCCGGAGAGACCUUGGCACAGGGUGUCGACCGCAACCUGGUUCAUCUACAAUUUCCAUGUUCAAGUGACGAACGAUCCGAAGGUCUCAGUUGAGGCGUAA